GACAGCACGCGCGCUCGAGGCGGCAACGUCCCAUUCUGUUCAGUCGGGACGCGUUUUUUUAUAACCUGGCUCGAACGGCAUCAUGGCCAAGCGGAGUGGACAGCUGGACCUAAGAAACUUCGGUUUUAAGAUCGCAAGGAGCAGCAAUUCAGAAGCUGACAGUCAGCACCAACAUAGUGCAACUGGAGCUGAAGGGGACCCGGAGACUAAGAGAAUGGAGCAGGAGCAGGCAGGAGAGGCAAGAGCUGAAGAUGUGGAAAGAGGAAGCGAGGAGGAAGCAGAAGCAGGGCAAGGCAGUGAUGCAGAUGAUGAUGGCCCAAGUUGCCAGGGAGAUGAUCAAGAUAUCCCUGAUUGCUGGACAUCUGAUAUUUUCAGGCAGAAGAAAAAACAAUACCCAUGGCUAAUAUGCCAAAACAAAAAACUUGGCUGCCUAACCUGUCAGAAAAUUAAAUCAGUUGGGCCAAAUGCAGGUGGGAGCCACGUACAUGUUGUUAAUGAGUGGUCCAAUGUUAAAGUCACAGUCUAUGGUGCAACCAGAGUAGCACAGCUGCAAUCUCUUCACAAGAAGAUACACAAGCACAGAAUGUCAGACUAUCACCAAGCAGCUGAGAAAAGCAUGGAAAAGGCAAAAGAAAAGAGAAUGGAGACACUGACUUCUGAUAUGCAAAGGGACCACUUCCUAAGUACUGAUCGGGUGUUUCGCACGGUUUACAAGAUUGUGAAAUCUGGAAGGCCUUUCACAGAUCUACCAAUUGAUAUUGAUCUGCAAGUCUUGAAUGGCCUAGACAUGGGAAGAACUUUACAUUCAGACCAUUCCUGUGCUACAAUUAGCCAACACAUCGCUAAUCAAAUGAGAGAGAGAGUAGUUGGAAAGGUUCUUCAGAGUGGAACAAAAUUUUCUAUUCUGAUAGAUGAAUCUACAACAGAAAGUAAAAAAUCAGUUUUGAUCAUUUAUGUUAGAGCAAGCCUAGGGAUGAGUGAAGAGCAACUUCAUGAUGUGAGACAAAUUCAGAGAGGGAUGAGGGAGUACAUUGACAUGGCCAGACUCAAACCUGUUGAUGAAAUGAAACCACCAGAAGAGCUUAAACCCCUCCUUCAAGCAGUGGAUGCACUCGUCAUCUCUACAGCUGAAUGUGUGUUGGCCCUCCAUUGA